UACACUACACGUGAACUCAGCACCAUUUUUAAACAUGUUUCGAUGCUUCUGCCACCACCAACUACCUCCACUAUUGACUCAGAUGCUAUUGAGACCACCAAGCUCACAGCAUAUAACAACCGCCAAUUCUUUCACAAGCAACAAACAUGUGCUCUCGCUGCUGCUAACACAGCAUGCAAUGCACAUGCUAGUGCAAGUUCUUCCAAAUUGUUAGCUAAUUGUCUCACUACCAUGCCAAACUACACUCCCAUCACUUCUAAGCUGGUCACCAUCAACUUUUCCAAACACACCACCACUGACCUUGCCCACAUUUUUAUGCUCUGUUUUGCAGCCACUCUCAAACAUUUUAAUGUCUUUGAAACUAUUGAGCUAAUCGACAUCAGCAGCGACGACCUGAAGGCAAUCUUCAAGCUUUGCAACCAUUUGGCCCAUCUCGAUUGCGUCCUCACCUACGACAAGUGGAAGUGCUACGAAGGUGGGUUUUGA